ACGUCUGGCUGUGCACGAGAGUAUUAUGGGCUGUAUGGAAUUCUGAAGCUAGAGCAGGCGGACCGGACUCGCGCUCACGGCUAGCUACGCUGCAAGCUAACGGUAGACGAAGGUAAACAUGGAGCUGUCGGCUGUCGGAGAGAGGGUGUUCGCGGCCGAAUCGAUCAUCAAGAGAAGAAUACGACGGGGUCGAAUGGAAUAUCUCGUGAAAUGGAAAGGCUGGUCACCCAAGUACAGUACUUGGGAACCAGAGGAAAAUAUCCUAGACUCGCGCCUGUUCGUUGCCUUUGAAGAGAGGGAGCGUGAGAGAGAAAUAUUUGGACCCAAGAAAAGAGGACCUAAGCUCAAGACUUUUCUUCUAAAGGCCCAAACUAAAGAAAAGGCAAAGUCUUACGAAUUUAGAAAUGAAUCAUUCAGAGGCAUUACAUAUCCCAGUCCAGAGCCUGUAGUAACCCCUAGAGCAAGAGAGGGACUACGUGCUGUAGUUCCCUCAAUUUUCCCUCCCAGCACAGUCAACCGAGGGGAGAGUGUAAGGAUUCCACCUCCAGAACCAAGGGAACAUCGUUCUCCACACUCACCCAGACCCAGCACUGAUGCAUUUACCCUCGCCCCAAAAAAGAGAGGACGGAAGCCCAAAUUACGCUUCACAGAUGGCUAUACAAGCUCCUUAAAUCCAGAGCAUUUAAAAAGAGCAGCAGACGAAACCAUGGCAAGCAUUCCUUCCAAAAUGGCAAAGUUAGGUUUGGGAGAAGAGGAAGAGAGAUGUUCAGAAAUAAGUGGGAGAAUUAAGAUAUCUCACAAGCACAUGGAUGCUACCUAUUCACACAAACAAAACAGAGUUGUUCCAAGCAGGAGUACCCAGCAUAUUUCUCCAGAGUGGAGUUUGCAUUCCAGCAGAGUUAGUGCAGACUUACAGGGAUGCAGGAAUAAUCCACAGACAAGCCACUUUCAUCAUAAACACCUGAAGUACCAUUCAAAACGAAGAAUAUUUGAACAUGCUGAUUCCACCAGCAGACACCCUUCACUUAUUGCCAAAAUUCCAGUGUCACGCAUAUUUGGAGAGCCAGAGGAGGGAGAUGCUUGGAGACCCUCCUUCAGCAAUGUGGAGAAAGUCAUAGUUACUGAUGUGACGUCAAACUUCCUGACUGUAACAAUCAAAGAGAGUAGCACAGAUAAAGGCUUCUUUAAAGACAAAAGAUGAUUAUUUACUGCCACCAGUAUGCUCCUUCCAUCUCUUCAGAAGUCCUUUAUUGUCAAAAAUAUUCAGUGUAUUGUAUAUAAAAAAAAUCUUUUUCCGUUUUCUGUCACACUGAAAUCUGUAUUUAUUGUGAAAUUGCUGCUUUAAGAGAUUUGCAUGCACUAGACACGUUAAACAAAGCCAGAACUGCGUUCAAAUACAUACAGUUCUCAGAUCAUUUGUUGUAAAUAUGUAUUAAUUACAAAUUGUUUACCUAAAUAUAUAAAGUUUCAUUUGUCUCCCAGACGAAUAUUAAAAACGUUUAUGUACAGACCAGGAGUUGACGUUUUGCACACUAGCUGUCAUUUUUGCGUCACAUUACGUUUUCUAUUCUUGUAAUUUACGUUGAUUUUAUUUAGUCAUUUAAUAUUGUCAUUUACCUUGUACACUUGUUGGACGAAACAGCGACUUUAACAAUUUAUGCAAA